UUCACUUCACACUGCACCCCCAGCAAAAGAUGGAGGACGAAGAAGACCAGCAGAAGGUUUCAGAUCUGGUGCGGGAACUCGUAAUCCGCCUCCUCUCCUCCCCCGCCGACGACGGCUCCGCCACCACCAACUCCAAGCCCAACCUUAACUCCCCUCACUUCGUCAACUCCCUCCGCUACGCCCAACGCAUCCUCUGCAGCCGCCUCACCCCCUCCGUCGCCCCCGACGCCGCUGCCAUCGCUGACUCCGUGAAGCGCCGCCUCGCCUCCCACGGAAGCUCCUCCCUCGCUCUCUCCUUCGCCGACCUCUUCGCCAAGUUCUCCUCCAAGACCGGCCCUGGCAGCGUUAACAACAAGUGGGCCGUCAUCUACCUCCUCAAGAUCAUCUCCGAGGAUAGCAAGGGUGCGAAGUCCCAGUAUUGCCCUUCUAACCUCUUGCCCAAUUUGUCCCUCUCCAACGACGCCGAUUUUGGUAAGGGUAAGGGUUCUUCUUCUGUUAAGCCUUUGGGGGAUAAUAACAAAAAGGGAUGGGAUAACGGGGUUCUAUUGGUUUCAAAGGAUCCCGAGAAUAGGCGCGAGCUUGCGUUUAGAGAAUUUGUCACUUUGGUUAGGGAAGAGAAUGAGGUUUCUGAAGAGGUUUUGGUUAGGGAUGUGUUGUAUGCUUGCCAAGGGGUUGAUGGGAAGUAUGUUAAAUUCGAUGGUGGUAGUGAUGGCGCUGGGUAUGUGUUAUCAGAUUCGAUUAGGGUGCCUAGAGCUACUAGGAUUAUGGUUCAUAAGCUUUGUGAAUUGGGCAGGUUGUUUAGGAAGGUUACUGGGUAUAUUGCGCAGAGUAUGGAUCGGUUUCCCGCCGAAGACGUAGGUACUGUUGGGCAGGCUUUGUGUUCUGCAUUGCAGGAUGAGCUUACUGAGUAUUAUAAGUUGCUAGCUGUGCUUGAGGCGCAGUCUUCGAAUCCGAUUCCUUUGGUAUCCGAAACUGCUAGCUCAGGAAAUUAUCUUUCAUUGAGGAGGUUGGCUGUUUGGAUUGCAGAACCAAUGGUGAAGAUGACGUUGAUGGCUGAUUUGGUUGACAAGUGCAGGGUUCUGAAGGGCGGUGCAAUGGCCAGUGCAAUUCAUUUGCAUGCCCGACAUGGCGAUCCUCUGGUUCAUGAGUUCAUGAGGAGGUUGCUGCAGAGAGUGUGUGCACCUCUGUUUGAGAUGGUGAAAAGGUGGGUUCAGGAAGGGGAGUUGGAGGAUAUAUUUGCAGAGUUUUUUAUUGUGGGGCAAGAGGUGAAAGCUGAGUCUCUUUGGCGUGAAGGUUAUAGGCUCAACCACUCGAUGCUUCCUUCAUUCAUUUCACCCUCGCUUGCACAGCGUAUUUUGAGGACUGGGAAGUCCAUCAAUUUCCUUCGGGUGUGCUGUGAUGAUCGCAGUUGGGCUGAUGCAGCAACCAGAGUUGCCACUGAUAUAGGGGUGACAGCAAGAAGAGGGGGUUUUGGGUACGGUGAAACUGAUACCCUUGAGUCACUAGUUGAUGAAGCUGCAAAGAGAAUCGAUAAGCAUCUGUUGGAUGUAAUUUACAGACGGUACAAAUUCAAAGAACACUGCCUUGCAAUUAAGCGGUAUUUAUUACUUGGUCAAGGUGAUUUUGUGCAAUAUCUAAUGGACAUUGUUGGGCCUGAUCUUUCUGAGCCAGCAAACACGAUAAGCUCUUUCAAACUCUCUGGACUGUUGGAAACUGCAGUUCGGGCAUCCAAUGCUCAGUAUGAUGAUCGUGACAUGUUGGAUAGGCUCAGGGUCAAAAUGAUGCCGCAUGAAAGCGGUGACAGGGGCUGGGAUGUAUUUUCACUGGAAUAUGAUGCAAGAGUUCCGUUGGACACUGUGUUCACGGAGUCUGUGAUGGCAAAGUAUUUAAGAAUUUUUAACUUUUUGUGGAAGCUUAGAAGAGUUGAACAUGCACUUACCGGUGCCUGGAAGACCAUGAAACCAAACUGCAUCAGUUAUCAUUCCUUUACCAGAUUGCAAAGUGCAGUAAAGAAGGAGUUGGAUUCAACAUUGAGGCGCUGCCAGGUUCUAUGGGUUGAAAUUAAUCACUUCAUUUCAAAUUUGCAAUAUUAUAUAAUGUUCGAAGUCUUGGAAGUAUCAUGGUCAAACUUCUUAAGUGAGAUGGAUGUAGCCAAGGAUCUUGAUGAUCUACUUGCAGCUCAUGACACAUAUCUAGAUUCCAUUGUAGAGAAAUCCCUUCUUGGUGAGCUCUCCCAAUCGCUUUACAAGUCAUUAUUAGUGAUAUUUGACCUUAUACUACGUUUUCGGAGCCAUGCGGAUCGGCUGUAUGAAGGUAUUCAGGAGUUGCAAGCAAGAAUCACAAGAUCUUCCCAAUCCUCUUCUGAACAAGGAUCCUGGACUGCUGAUGGAAGGAAAGCCCUAACACAACGUGCUGGCGAAUUUCUUCGAAAUAUGGGACAUGAUCUGGAGGAGAUUUCAAAAGAGUAUUCGUCAUUGCAAGAGGAAUUCAUAUCUCAGUUCCCUGUACAGAAGCAUGUUGAUCUAAAGUUUCUCUUUUUCCGUCUCGAUUUCAAUGAAUUUUAUAGGCGGGUGUCUCCUAGCUCAUAAGUAACUUGUGAAUAAGGCUGAGGAUCAAGUUGAAGCAUUAUUACUUCAAGAAGAUGAUGAACUAUCAAUGCUCUGCAAGCAGCUAACCACCAUUCUGUUUUUGAGUGGAAUGAUUCUAUUGGUCUUGGUACUAACUUCCUUCUAGACCAACUCUUCCAUGGGUCAUUAUUUGACUAUAGAGUCCAGAUGACCAAUUGUUGUGGUUUGGAAGGUGGUUUGUGGCGGAUGUGAAGCUACUAAUAUUCUGAUUGGAUGCUUACUGUGAGUAGUACACACGUAAGUGUCUGAAUAUCUGAUUAUUUGAUUCGUGUUUCAGCGGCUUUUGUAGGCUGUGCUUUCCGGAUAGUGUUUUAUGUGUAUCUUUGAUUUUUACCGGCUGAAUGAAAUAUGGGUGUCUGAAAAUCUUAUUUCUGCAUUUUCUUGAACUACUUCUGGUUUACUAUCUCUCCUCACUCUGCAGUGUGCUUGAAUUUUCGCUCUGUGGCAAUAAAAAUGAAGCCAUGGGUGACUCAAGCAUCAAGAUGCUUACAUUAUUAUUCAAUGCACUUUAUAUGCGUGUAACUUUGUAAGCUAAUGAAGGUGCUCCAUUUUGAUUUUGUAUAAA